CAAAACCCGAUGUCUCUCUGUUUUACAACUGAAACGUUUCGUUGUAACCCAGUUGUUACACAGUAGCCCCUACAUGGCUAUAGAAGGCGCGAAGACGGAAUAGAACUGCAGUUGGCACAGUGUGAAACAUUGCGGAAGUCCGUUUUGUGGGGGAAUUACGCGAGCACUUCCUGUACAGUUAGUUUUGGGACUGCUGAACACAAAAACAGCUCUGUAGGCUGCUGAGUUGUGUUGCCAUUUACACAGAUUUGUUACAUUGUGUCGCUUGAAGCGUGGAUCGAGGACGCGCUGAUUCCAACUGGAAUCUUUUCACGGAAUGUUGGUGAAGAAGUGAAACUUUGUAGCGGAGUGGUUUGCUGAACUGGUUCGAUUUAACACGCACAUGGUGUGUGGGAUGUCGCUGUAUCAUCAUUAGAACGACUACAAAGAGAACGGGGAACUAGUCACAUUAGUGCUUUAUCGCUGAAGUGGAAACACGCCACACACCCAGUGAAGUCUAGCUACACUACGACGACUUCGGGAUGGAGCGGCUUUGCAAGCUUAGUUUAUCUUUGGCUUUGAUCCUGCCUUGUUUGCAAUGGACAACUUCUUUCAAUCUGGACAGUGACAAACCCUAUGUAUUCUCUGGACCUAAAGGAAGUUAUUUUGGAUUUUCGGUGGAUUUCUUCCAGCCAGAUGACAAACAGUCAAACAUUCUUAUAGGAGCUCCCAGAGCCAACACCUCCUCAGCUUCCACAGUGGUGGAGAGAGGGGCUGUCUAUACCUGCCCAUGGCAGAAGACUGGUGACUGUACCCAAGUACAGUUUGACAACACUGAUGAUCGUAAGAAUAACGAGGGGGUCCAGAUGGAGUUCAAGUCCAACCAGUGGUUUGGAGCCACGGUACGGUCACAUGGUGAACACAUCCUGGCCUGUGCACCUCUCUACCAGUGGAGCACGUACAGCAUGUCAGAGCGAGAGCCUGUCGGAACAUGUUUCCUGAAGAAAGGAGUAGAAGUUGUGGAAUACUCUCCCUGUCGAUCUAAAGCCAACUCUCCAGAUGGACAGGGCUUCUGUCAGGCUGGAUUCAGUAUUGACUUUGUCAAGAAUAACAGGGUGGUUGUUGGAGGCCCUGGUAGUUUCUACUGGCAAGGUCAGCUGAUCAGUGACGAUAUCUCUGAGAUCAUAACCAGGUUCAACAAGCAAUAUUACACUCCUUACAGUAACCAGCUGACCACCAAGACUGCCAGCGCUCAGUACGACGACAGCUAUUUAGGUUACUCUGUGACUGUUGGUGACUUCAAUGCUGAUGGACAAGAUGAUUACAUUACCGGGGUACCCAGGGGAGACAAAGCUCUGGGCUAUGUUAACAUCUUCAAUGGGAGGAACAUGGAAUCUAUGCUGAACUUCACAGGAACACAGAUGGCUGCCUACUUCGGCCAUUCUGUGGUGGCGGCCGACAUCAAUAACGAUGGCCUGGUGGAUCUGUUUGUAGGGGCCCCUCUGUUCAUGGAGCGUGGCAGUGAUGGGAAGCUGCGGGAGGUGGGCCAGGUGUCUGUGUUCCUGGGGAAGGGAGGGUUCUCCUUCCACUCCCCCGUCACACUGAGCGGGACGGAGAUCUACUCACGCUUCGGCAGUUCUAUAGCCACACUGGGAGACCUGGAUAUGGACGGCUUCAACGACAUUGCCAUAGCUGCACCUUACGGCGGGCCGAAGCACCAAGGCCUAGUGUACAUCCACAAUGGGAGGGCGGCAGGGCCUGACCCAGUUCCUUCCCAGGUCCUAGAGGGGAGGUGGGCCUCCUCUUACAUGCCCCCCAGCUUUGGAUACUCCCUACACGGAGCCACCGAUAUUGACCAGAACGGAUACCCAGACUUAAUAGUCGGUGUAUUUGGUGCAGACAAAGCCGUUCUAUACAGGGCCCGGCCGGUCAUCAGCGUUAACGCCACCCUGGACAUCAGCCCUCAGAUCCUCAACCCAGAGGAAAUGACCUGCAAACUGCCUGACGCUGACACUCAAGUGUCCUGUUUCAAAGUGAAGUACUGUCUUAAGGCGAGUGGGAGAGGCGCACCAGCCUCACUGAAGUUCCAGGUUCACCUUGUCCUGGACAGACUCAAACACAAGGGGGCGACAAAGAGAGUUCUGUUCCUCCACAGCAAGACGUCCCAGUACACCAAGAACAUGACGGUCAGCAACGGCCAAGGACCAGCCUGCGAGGAGCAGGAAGCCUUCCUCAUAGAUGACUCUGAGUUCCGGGACAAGAUCACUCCCAUCUCUGUGUUCAUGGAGUUCAGUUUGGACUACCAGCAGGCUGCAGAUAAGACCGGCCUACUGCCUAUCGUGGAUCUGACUGCCCCCACCAACAUCUCCAAACAGGCCCAUAUCCUACUGGACUGUGGAGAUGACAACAUCUGUAAGCCAGACCUCCAGCUGUCUGUAUUGAGUGACCAGAAGGAGAUCUACAUAGGAGAUGAUAACCCCUUGACCCUGGAGGUGACAGCGGAGAACAGAGGAGAGGGGGCGUACGAGGCAGAGCUACAUGUCUUCCUUCCUCCCCAGGCUGACUUCACUGGGGUCGUACGCAACAGUGAGACUCUGUCGAGACUGUCCUGUGCCUACAAGACAGAGAACCAGACCAGGGUGGUGGUGUGUGAUCUGGGGAACCCCAUGAAAGGAGGAACUAAGGUGCUGGCCGGUCUGCGCUUCAGCGUUCACCAGCUCUCCGAGCAGGACACGUCUGUCAAGUUUGACCUGCAGAUACAGAGUUCCAACCAGUUCAGCAGCACCAGCAGGCUGGUCUCCAGCAUCACAAAGCUGGCUGUCCUCGCCAAGGUGGAUAUCAGAGGGGUGUCGGUUCCUGACCAGGUCUUCCUGCCCAUUGCUAACUGGCAGCCCAAAGAUAACCCUGUCGUAGGAGACGACAUCGGUCCACAGAUACUGCACAUCUAUGAGUUGCGUAACAGAGGCCCCAGCACCUUCAGCAAGGCCAUGCUGGACAUCGAGUGGCCCUACAGGUUCAACAACGGCUCUCUGCUCUACAUCACCAAGCUGGAGGUGGACGGGGACGGAGGAAUUAACUGCAGUACGGACAUGGAGAUCAACCCGCUCAAUGUCUCAAAUCCUCUGUCAGGAGAGACGAAUGGUACAGCUUCCACCGGUGGAGACGGUACAGAGGGGAGGAACAGGAACCAUGUUCACCGCAGAGAGCUGGAGAGGAAAGAGAUGGAGGGAGACCUGGAAACCCUGGACUGUUCGAAGGCCCAGUGCCUGAAGAUCCGGUGUCAGGUGGGCCGUGUGGAGAGAGGUCAGAGUACUAUCCUCUUCAUCCACUCCAGACUGGGGGUGGCCACCUUCCUCAAGACUGAGAGCCAGAACCGAUCGUUCACCGUGAGAUCCUCCGCUUCCUUCAGCGUCAUAGAGAUGCCUUAUAACAAGAACCUGGUGUCUGAGCUGCCCUCCAACGCCACUACGAUAAGUAUGUCAGUGAUCUGGGUGAAAUCGGAGCCUGAACCUGUCCCUGGGUGGGUGGUGGCCCUGGCUGUGCUGGCUGGACUACUGCUGCUGGCUUUACUCAUCUUCAUCAUGUACAAGCUGGGUUUCUUCAAGCGUGUACGCCCGCCCCAGGAGGACGCCACGGAGAAGGAACAGCUGGCACCGCAGGAGAACGGUGACAGGAACACUGACGCCUGAGACCUGCAGCACCCCCUAGAGGUCCCCAGGCUUCAAUACAACACCAGGGCCCGUAUCCACAGAGCAUCUCAAGAGUAGAAAUUUGGACAUAAGUGUUGAGAAUAGAGGCAUUUUACUCUGAUGGGUCAAAUUACCAAUCAUAUGAGUCCCACCUAGUCAGCAGAUAUUUAGGAGACCUAAACUCUUAACUGUCCUAACCAGUUAAGAGUUACCAGCAGGUGUCUUAGAAAAAGGUAGCUAGUCAGUGUUUCCUGCACCAUAGACGGGCAAUUGCUUUGGAGUUGGGAGCAAAGAAUGUUUUGAUAUUUCUAUGAUCAAUCCAUAAAUAAUCUAGACCUACAUGUCUCUUGCACUUUUGACAAUGAUUUCACAAGAGGCCUAAUUCAAUUGAUACGCCUACAUUUAUUAUAACCACUAGGGCUAAUAAAUAAUCACAUUUUUCAUUUGAAUAUUUCAUUUAACCUACAUCAUGUUAUUUCAAGUUCAUUCCUUUGGAGCGCACUAUCAGAUUGUUAAAAAAAAAAAAAAGAUCCCUACGGUGGGCAUGCCUAUAAGAUGGCAACUGACAGCAUCUAGGGGGCUAUGUGUUUGCCGAUUCAAUGAUAAACCUUUCAAAUGUUUCAGGAAACAUUAUCGGCAAGUGACUUGAUGCCUACACUGGGCCAAAAGCAGUUUAGAAUUGUUGAAUGGAGUGACCAGUGUGUUGAUAUAACAGUAAUAUUCUAUUUGUUAUCAAAAUUCCGCUUUUAACAACCAUCAUACUGUAUGAUUGCAAUAUGCAUCACAUUAUCAAAAAUAUUAGAAUUUGUUCAAAAAGGGUUAUGCGUGCCAACAUUAUUAGCCAAUAAUUAAAGAGUAAGUAAAGUGAUCGUCAGGCGAAAAUGAUAUCAAACGUUUUACCCUUGCAACGUUAAAUGCAGAGUUGCAUUCACCGUGGUCGUCUGAAGCGUGCUGUAGAGUUCACAUCUGGCGAUGCCUCAUCGCGAUCGGUUAUUCCCCAUCGUUUGCAACAACGUCAAUGUCAUCAUCAGCUUUCCUUUGCAGUACCUCAAACUGUCGUGAUUUAUCAGCUGAGAUAACUUUUAUGAGUUGAUUUUACUCGUGGCUCAGAGUUUGUCUGGACAGAGUUUUAACAUCCUAAAACCUACUCUGAGCUGGGAGUUUUUUUUUUUUUUUUUGUCUUACACCAGGUUUUAACAGGAUUCUUAGGACCUUUUCUGAGAUGCUUUAUGGAGCCCUGGUCCUGUAUGUAUUCACACAGCAUCUCAGAAUAAGAGUGGUGAUAUAGGAUCAGCUGUAGUUCUCCUGGGCACCUGGCUGUAUAUAGCUGCAUCUGGACAACACUGCUGUACGAUACGAUAUGGAUGGGAGGAGCAAAAAAAAAUAGUGAUUUGAUUAAGUGCUGACUUCCAGACUCUCUCUUUCUCUCUCAUUUUUCCUUCUGUUUCUUUUUUUCUGCGUCUUAGAGGCUACGUCUACACAGGCAGCCCAAUUCUGAUCAUUGGACCGAUCAGAUCAGCUCUGAAAAACAUCUGAUGUGAAAAGAUCUGAUGUGGUUGGUCAAAAGACCAAUUAGUGGGGGGGGGAGAUCAGAAUUGGGCUGCCUGUGUAGACGUAGCCUUAGUGCACUGGACUUUCAGUUAAAUGAAUCGCUGCAACAAUGUGAAUAUGAGACAGCGAUUAUGAUAUGUGGUGUAACUGAGAGGGAUAGAGUUAUUAAUAAUAAUAAUAUUGUAUGGUCUUGAAAGAUACGGCUUGAUUGGAGUGUUUAAAAAUAAUUUUGUGUGGCUACUGCAAGGUGUUGAUAGGAGGACAUUAUUAAUGCUAUGGGGAGGGUUGUAUAUUCAUAUGAAUUCUUUUGAGGAAUAAUUAAUUGAUGUGUUGUUUUUGUUCUAUAAAUGUAGGGCAGUUAAUAUAUAACUAGGGUUUUCAACUGUAAUAUGCCCAUUUUCCUACGCGUGUAGUUGUAAGACAAAUCACACGUCUCUGUGUAAAUGUAAAAUGUUUUGUAUAAAAGGACUUCAAGAAUGAAUUGACUAA